UACCUAUAACGCACAAUUGCCGGGACCUGGCGGGAACUGCUGGGAGCCGCGAGAAGAAGAGAGAGGAGAGAGAGAAGAGAGAUAAUUAUAUUACAUAUGUACAUAAUUUAUGCAUGUAAGAUGUGUACAGUUGGCUAUGUUAGCUAAAACACCGUCAUUGCAACCGGUAAAACAGUAUUAAAAUAAAAAUAAAAAUAUUAUCAAAUAUAUAAGUUUAUAAGAUAUAUUAUUUUUCUCUAAUUUUUUUUUUAUUAUAUCUAUAACAAAAACAAAAACAUUUGUUGUAUCUAUGUCCUUCAGCUUCAAGAAUAUACGUAAUGUUUUAAGUGACAAGUGAUUUUUUAUGUUUUUAAAUUAAAAACGUAUGUGAAUAAUAAUUUUAUUUUAACCUAACAAAUGGACUCUGGGCUGUAAUAAAAACAAUAAUUAUCAUUAUUAAAUAAAAUUUGUAAUAGGUACUUAAAAAUAAUGUAGAUUAUUGUUAUGGUGAGAACAGUAGAAGAAGAAGAGGAAGAAGAAGAAGGAAAAAAAUCGGAGAUGACAGGAGUUAUAUAUCAUGAAAGACAGGUGAAGGAGAUGUGUGCUUUACAUGCACUUAAUAAUUUAUUCCAAGAGAGAGGAUUUAGUAAACAAGAGCUUGAUCAAAUAUGUUAUGGAUUAAGUCCAGAUGUCUGGAUUAAUCCUCAUAAAUCAUUACUUGGUCUUGGAAAUUAUGAUAUUAAUGUUAUUAUGGCAGCUUUGCAGAAAAAAGGCUGUGAAGCUAUUUGGUUUGAUAAACGCAGAGAUUUAAAUACCCUUAAUUUAAAUAAUAUUGAUGGAUUUAUUCUCAAUGUUCCAACAGAAUAUAAAUUUGGAUUUGUAUUUUUACCAUUAAAAAAACGUCAUUGGAUAGCUUUGCGUAAAAUAAAAGGUGCCUUUUAUAAUCUUGAUUCAAAGCUUGAUUCACCGGUAUUAAUUGGUAAAAAUGAUGAAUUAAUAGCAUAUCUUAAGGACCAAAUACUGAGUAAAGAAAAAGAAUUAUUUAUUGUUGUUGAACGAGAAAUUGCGAAUAAUCAAGAUUGGUUAAUUAAAUUAAACGUUAAUAAUAUUAAUUCUCAUUCUCUUAAAUUUAUUGAAAAUAAUGAUGAUGGUGAAAAUACCAAGUAUUCUCUUAAAGAUAACAACGAUGAAAAUAACGAUCGGUAUACUAAAGUAUCUGAUAAUACUAUUAAUUUUAAUAUUGAUAAUAAAAUUGAAUUUAAAAAUGAUAACUAAAGUUAAAUAUAAAAUGAUAAUAAGGUUUCAGGAUAUCAAAUACCAAUCAUAUUAUAUUAUGUAUUUUUUUUUUUAUUUAAAUAUGCAACGUUUCAUCAGCAUU